AUGCACUACAUUCGCUUCCUCAAGACCCCCAAGGUCACCGUCGACAACGGCUGCACCUCGCUCACAGCUGUCAUCACACUCACUACCGACCUGGGCGAGACUUUCUACCCCCGUGACAUUCUGCUCGCCGUGAGCCUGCGCCAACCUGAGUACGAUGGCGACAUUUACAUCCGCCGCUCUCUGCAAUGGAAGCAAGACAUGCGCUCCCUCAACAUCUCCCUCGACUUGACCCAUACCGAGAUUGACUGGCCCGCCAGGCUGCAUGUCCACACAAAAGCUGAUGGCCACAUGACGGACCGCUUUGAAGAACAUCACUCUCGUGGUCACCUCCCCGGAAUCGUCUCCGUCUGGAGCGAGUACUUGAAUCCGACCAAGGGCAAAUUCGAGACACGCAGACGGGUCGAGCGCCGCUUCACUCCCUUGACGGGCCGCUCCUUGAAUAUCUACGAAGACACUGGUGAGAGUAUUGCCCGUCAUCUGUGGGACGGCAGUCUCUCACUGACCGCAUACCUCGAUCGUGUCGUUGCUCUGCGCUCUGUCCACGAAGAACCUCUGCUUGAGAGCGUCCUGUCCUCCGCCACAUACAAAAAACUGAAUGUGCUAGAACUGGGCUGUGGUUGCGGUGUCGUCGGCAUUGGCCUUGCUCAGACUGUCACUGAUUGUCAUGUCGUACUCACAGACCUGCCCGAGGUCGACGAGUUGGUCGAACGCAAUAUCGAAGCCGCCAACCCUGCCAUGUCUUCGACUAUCGAGUUUGCCGCUCUGGAUUGGGAGGCUCCGUUGCCAGCAAAGGUUGCCUCUCGCGCUUUCGACCUUAUUCUGGUCGCCGAAUGCAUCUACAACAGCGACAGCAUUCCUCCAUUGGUAGACACACUUGAACGCCUCGUUCAACGCUCCCCAAGAGCCGUCAUCCUCAUCUCGACAAAAGUCCGUCACGAGAGCGAAGCCAUGUUCUGGGAUCUUUUCCACCAAAAGGGAUUCAAGCAGAAGUCAAGGACCUCGCUACCGGUACCUGGUGAGCCCGGUCAUGGUUACGGUGAUAGUGCUACUGCGGUUGAUGUCUACAUCUAUCAAGGCCCUAAUCCAAGGAGCAGUCACUCGCCGGGAAGCUCAAAACCUGUCAGCCCCGCUUAG